UGGCCUACUUUACACCUGAGGAGUAAUAACGAGUCGCGACUGCCGACGCUUAGACUGUUCCCUCUAUGCCCUGCUGUACAUACGCCCGUUCGGAUCGCAGCUAGCUGUGCUCGUAGUACACAUUUUACCGUUAAGGCUGGAGUUGGCGCGCGCGAUCUGUUUUACCGACGACGACGACGUUUUUGACGUAUCAACGAAGGAACAAACGCCGAUCGGUGUCUAGUCGCUGGAGUGAUAUUUAGCGCGCGAUCUAGGGAUUUUCGGUUUGGCAGGUUGAAGUUGAAGGAGAAAAAAAUAGAAAGAAAAAAACAUGUAGAGGAUUCGAGAUUGUUUGGCGCUUUCUUCUGAUUUACCGGAAGUAGAUAUAAUAAAUGGACAAAAAUGUCAUCGUUGGGAAUUAUGACCCUUACGCGCACCCCGUGUGAGCUCGACAAGAUGAGCCUUUUUCAGGACCUGAAAUUGAAGAGAAGAAAAGUCGAUUCAAGGUGUAGCAGUGACGGCGAAUCUGUCGCCGACACUAGCACGUCGUCUCCAGAUCUCAUCAUUCCACCGUCACCGAAAAUGGCCGACGCGGCGAUCAACCCGCCUCCCAGCCCGGACUCCACACCACCAGCCCAUCAGCUGAUCAAGCCCGAGCCCACCCUGGAUAAGAUCUCCAGCCGCCUGGAGGACUCGGGAGUGUUCGACGGAGGCGGCACGGGUACCGGAGGGAGUGGCAGCACAACAGCCAGCGUCAUCCGGAGUCUGCGAAGCCAGAGCCCGCCCGCCUUAAGGCCAGCACCGCCUUUCAGCCCUUCCCAACCGCCCAGGCCGCACAGCUCACCGGGGAGACCGGCCAAUGCGAGUCCGGUAAUUAAGCACGCCCCUCUCUUGCUGCAGCCGACCACGCCCAGUCCACCGAGGAACCUCACGCCCACCAUCGUAACUUCACAAGAACCUACGUCUUCGUCCGCGUCUACGUAUUUCCAAACCAGACCUAGAGGAGUUAUUAUCAGUCAGCCGCCUGCAGCGCUGGUUCAGGGUCAGUUCUGGCUGAAACAUCAAAGAAUAAAUGGGGUGAAGCCAGAAUUAAUAGGAGGAAAUUUUGGACCAACAUCUUCACCGCCUCAUAUACCGGAAUUAAGGUCGCCGGGAAGUCCGAUGGCGAGGUCGAGUACGACAAUACCAGUGCGACAAACGCCCACAGUGAUAAUGGGCGAGGCUGGGGGCGUGAGAACGAUGGUAUGGUCCCAGCCCACGCUCUGUACCACGCCCAUAUCACCGACCGGCAGCGAACCGCCUCUUUUUCCUACAACAUCGGGUUGGUCGCCGGGUGCAAGCUCCGCCUCCAACCCCGAAGAAAGCGCCGCGCAGAUGCUCCUUAACUUAGGGCAAGACAACCGCCUACGCCUACCAGUGAGCAGAUCUAUGAUGUCACCUCAAUCCCCUCCAGUUAGCGGGUUUUCCACCACCACCGCGCCCUUAAACAUGGAACGCCUUUGGGCGGGCGAUUUAAGGCAAAUCCCUCUCAACCAACAAACCCAAGCGCUCAAUCUAACAUCUCCGACGGGUCUACCACCGCAAAAUCUAUUUCCUAUGAUGGGUUUGAGCGAACCUAGUGUGACGCCGGAGGUCCAGGAGCAAGGGGAGGAAGAGGAGCAGCCGAUGAUUUGCAUGAUCUGCGAGGAUAAGGCGACGGGAUUGCAUUACGGGAUCAUCACGUGCGAGGGGUGUAAGGGUUUCUUUAAAAGGACGGUGCAAAAUCGGAGGGUGUACACGUGCGUGGCGGACGGGAACUGUGAGAUCACUAAGACGCAGCGGAAUAGGUGUCAAUAUUGCCGGUUCAAGAAGUGCAUCGAACAGGGAAUGGUAUUACAAGCUGUACGGGAAGAUAGAAUGCCGGGUGGUAGAAAUAGUGGAGCCGUCUAUAACUUGUAUAAAGUCAAGUACAAAAAACACAAAAAGGCCUCCUGUAAAGCGUCAGCGAAGAACCAAGAGAAAAGCCUGCAGCAGUUCAAGGUGGAGCAACACCAACAGCAACAGCAGCAACAACAGCCUUCAAUAUUGCCACCAAACCUAGUCAACGGUACGAUCCUGAAAACCGCCCUGACCAACCCGAGCGAGGUGACGCGGUUACGUCACCGGCUGGAUAGCGCGGUGUCCAGCUCGCGGGAUAGGAACUUCUCCGUGGACUACGUGCUGUCCAUGAUCAAGACGCUGAUCGACUGCGACGAGUUUCAGGACAUCGCGACGCUGCGGAACCUGGACGAGUUGCUGGACCACAACACAGAUCUCAGCGAGAAACUGUGCAAUAUCGGAGAUUCCAUCGUUUAUAAAUUGGUUCAGUGGACGAAAAGGUUACCUUUUUAUCUGGAACUUCCUGUGGAGGUGCAUACGCGACUGCUGACCCACAAGUGGCACGAACUGCUCGUACUUACCACUUCAGCUUACCAAGCGAUCCAAAAGACUGCCAGCGAGCAACAGAUGCACCAGAGUGCAGCCGCGUCCACCACCUUGAUAGAACCAGAUUUUACUCAAGAGGUGGAGGCCAACCUAUGCACUUUGCAAAACUGUUUGACGUCCAUGAUGGGUCGCGAGAUAACCAUCGAACAGCUACGACAAGACGUCGGACUGAUGAUCGAAAAAAUCACCCAUGUGACGCUCAUGUUUCGACAGAUCAAACUCACCAUGGAGGAAUACGUGUGCCUUAAAGUUAUCACCAUGCUUAAUCAAGCAAAACCUGCCAGUGGUUCGGGUAGUACUGAACUGGAAACGAUCCAUGAGCGAUACAUGACGUGCCUACGUGUUUACACACAACAUAUGUAUCCUCAACAAGUUACCAGAUUUCAAGACUUACUAGUUAGAUUACCAGAGAUACAGUCUGCGGCAUCUCUUCUAUUAGAAAGUAAGAUGUUUUACGUUCCUUUUUUACUAAAUUCGGCGAUUCAGAGGUAGUAGGAAGGCUUUCCUCGACUUUAGGCGUAUUAAUAAAAUUAAAUAAAGUAUAUAUAUAUUGCGUGUAAGUUGAUUUGUAUAUAAAUAAAAUCGUAAACAUAUUUUAGAAAAAGCGGCGGAUUUAUAUUAUGAAAGUACACACACCUAUUCUUUGUUAUAUGUCGAUGUUUCGUUCGAAGCAAGAAAUUGUUUUAAAUUGUACUACUGGACUGAUGUUGACAGAUAAUUUGUGAAAUUGGUCGAGCAUUUAAAUUCGUAAAAUCUCUAGUCAAAAAUGGAUUUCAGUAAUCACACAUUCUUAAGUUAUUCUUAUACUGAUUUCUAAUUUCUUUCAUCUUAUCAUCCAUUUUUCAUAACUCUGCAAACUGUGAUUCUCAUUUUUUCUUCGACAUAUUUAUACAUGAUUUUUUCCUCUAUACGUAAAUCAUUCUUGUUCAUCUAUUAUUUCUUGAUCUACUAUUACUAUUUUCUGUUCACAUUUUCAUAUUUCUCAUUUAUAUUAAACAAUAUGAUCAAAAGGUUUUAUGGUGAAGUGUGCGGUGAUAAAUAAACAAUUUUAUUGAAAAUUACAUUAUAAUGUUUAAUGUUUUACCUAUCAUACCCUAUUACUUACACCUGGUAUUAUUUAACUUUUUUUCAUAACUCUGUAAUGUAUGAUUUACAUUUGUUUUUAGCUACUGUUUAUGCAUAAAAUCACUAUUAAUUCCUGUCUAUAUAUAAUAUAUCUACCCCUCUAUAACAUUCUUCCACUUUUUUUCCUUUUCAUAUCCUGCUUCAUGUUUGAGCUUACUAUAUCAUUAAAGUUCUUAAUAACAGUGACAAUUUGAUUGAUAUAAGAAAUUAAGUAUAUAAUAUUAAACUAAAUAAGAAUAUAAGUAUUUUGUUGUGUUGUAUAUAACGCCAAAGGUUUCAGACUCAACUAUAUUUAUUAUAUAUUUGGCAAAUAUUUAUUUAUCAAACGCUUGUUAUAGGUAAAACCUACAAUAUAAUGGACAUAAUUUUUUCGUAGUUUUUGGCCUAAACUAACUUUUAUAAUAUUUAUUAUAUAUAUUAUAAUAUUACAAUGUUGUUCUAACGUUUAAGAAAGACUUCAAAUAGCUUAAGAUCAACUGUCACUGUAGGGAUUUUUAUAUGGUAAACUUAAACUAAAAUGUCACGUAAUUUUUUCAUUUGAUUAUCAUCAUCCAUCUAAGUGUCAACUUACCUCAUCUAUACGAUUUAAAUUCUUUCAAUAUACAUCUCUCUAAUCUUUUAGUAGUUUUGCUUUUCAUUUUUUCACUUCUAAUUUACAGUCAUUUUCAAGUUAUCAACA